ACCACCCAGAGGCAGAAUCUGCUCCAGCCAUCCUGAAGCUUCAGGUGCUCCCUCCUACCAUAUCCAAUGGAAUUCACCGGCAGAAGCUUCCACAGAAGCCCGAGUUUCUCCUUGCAAGGCCCUGCACUCAGCAUGAGAGGUUCCAUGUAUGGGAAGGGAGGCAUUCAGCACUUUGGGGCGGCACCCAGCGUCUAUGGGGGGGCUGGAGGCCAGGGCAUCCGCAUCUCGACCUCCAGACCCAUGGUGGGCUAUGGGAGUGAUCUCACCAGAGGAGACAUGUUUGCUGGCAAUGAUAAGAUGACCAUGCAGAACCUAAACGACCGCCUAGCAAGCUACCUGGAGAAAGUACACUCCCUGGAGCAGUCCAACUCCAAACUCGAACUGCUGAUCAAGCAGUGGUAUGAAACAAACACACCCGGCAUCAGGGACGACAGUGCAUAUUACCAACAAAUAAAAGAGCUGCAAAACCAGAUUAAAAGUGUACAACUGCAAAAUUUUCACUGUGUCCUGCAAAUUGAUAAUGCCAAACUAGCUGCUGAGGACCUCAGGCUGAAGUAUGAGGCUGAGAGGGAGACGCGCCUGACAGUGGAGAGUGAUAUCCAAGGCCUGAAUAAGGUCUCGGCUGAUCUAUCCCUAAGUAGAACAGACUUGGAGAUUCAAAUUAAAGAACUGACUAAAGACCUGGAUCUCCUCAAAAAAGAACAUCAGGAGGAAGUAGACAGCCUACGCAGACAUUUGGGUGAUACUGUAUGUGUAGAAGUGGAUGCUGCUCCAGGCCUGGAGCUUGGCACCAUCAUGAAUGAAUUGAGGCAGAAGUACGAAACAAUAGUCCAGGAGAACCUUCAGAAGGCCAAGGAACAGUUUGAGACACAGACUCAACUUCUGCAGCAACAAGUCACAGGGAGCACUCAAGAGAUCAAAGACAAUGAGGCUCAAGUAAAGGAGCUGAGACACACCUACCGGAACCUAGAGAUCGAACUCCAGUCCCACCUCACUAUGAAAGAAUCUUUGGAGCGCACAUUAGAGGAGACCAGAGCUCGUUAUGCUAGCCAAUUGGCCACCAUCCAGGCACUGCUGAACUCCAUAGAAGUCCAAAUGACACAGAUUUGGAGUGAUACAGAACGCCAGAACAAGGAGUACAAUAUCCUCCUUGACAUAAAGACCCGGCUUGAGCAGGAAAUUGCUACUUACCGCCGCCUUCUGGAAGGAGAAGAUGUCACACAGACAAACACAACUAUAGAGCAUCUGCCGAGCACCCUGGAGGAGAAAGAUGUGAAGAGAAAAAGGAAGAUUAAGACGAUUGUGGAAGAAGUGGUGGACGGCAAGGUUGUGUCGUGUGAAACCAAAGAGAUGGAAGAAGAUGUGUAAACAGUUGCCGGGAGAUGCUGCUGAGGGUUUGAAAGACAUGUAGACAUAACUUUUGCUCCCUACAAGAAAGUGGCCAUCAGAAAGCGCUAUUAAAAAUUUGUAGUGAUCA